UGGCAACUUCCCUCCUUCUCUUCCCUUCUUCUCUGAAUCUUCUCGGUUGGACAAGUUGGGGCACAUCACUUCUCCAAACUUGCUUACGGCAGCCCGGCACCGAUUGUGCAGUUUUCAACGCAGACACCCAAAGGAGCAUUUCACACACUCAACACACUACACACACACACAAAUCCUGCUCUUCUUUUCCCCCCCUGCCCUUCUGAUAGGAGACCCCACCUGAACCUGGGAGAGGCUAUCUCAAAGCGCCGGAAAAACCAACCGACUUAUCGUUGUCUUCCGAAAGCGGGGGAUUUUGCACAAGACAGCGAGGAGCCGAUCUGUCGGGAAGUGAGCGAUGGGUUGUCAUUGUGGCAAGAAGCGAAAGGAUAGCCAAGAACUUACCGAUGUGGAACGGGCCAUCGAAAUUGUCAUCAACAACUUCCACUGCUACGCCGUCAAAGGACACAAGGAAUGUCUGACGCCCAAUGAAUUGAAAGACCUGGUUGGACAGAGGCUACCACACUUAGCCAAGGGAGUUGAACCUUUGGAUGAGAAGAUCGAAUGCCUGGGAGAUAAUGAAGAAGCGAAACUCCAGUUUGGAGAAUACUGGGACAUAAUGGGAGACGCCGCCAAGGGCUGCCGCGUGCCGAAAGGGAAGAAGUGAAGAGGCUGAGCCGAGUUCGAAAGACGACCGUGGACCCAUUGCGCAGAAGCAACUGGGCAUAUCUCAAUUUUCAUGCAGUGUUAAUUAUUUGGGGGGGGGGGUUGACUCAUUUGAUCCACUCGAUUUUCCAUUUGAUCCAUUCAAUGUUCUUCUUUGUCUUGAGAUCAAGACAUUUUGCAAUCCUGGAACCAGAAGACAGAAAUUUCAGGGUUUAAAAAAAAAUAAAAAAUUAAAGUCUUCUCAAAUUUUAAUUUUCAGAGCUCCCGACGCCAAACUUUAGAAAUCUUCCUAUAGUUUGAUGCUUGUUUUUUUUUAAAGCCGAGCUCUGAAAAAAAUCACCAAAGUUUCUCCAGAUCCAGAAUAUUUUUUAGUUUUCAGCUCUGAUGUUGGCAGUGUUUUAUCCUGGGACUGUUUAAAGCUCCAAUUCUGCACAUUUAAAAAAAAAAAAAAAAUAGCGGCUGAGAAUUUCGCUUUGAAAAAACCCGAAACCUCUCAUUUUCAAAUGUGUACCUCAAAAAUGCCUUAAACGUUCUGUUAAAUAUAUAUAAAGUAUAUAUAUAUAUAUAUAUAUAUAUUAUAUAAAAAGUUGCACAUAGAAUUUUAUAUAUCGCUGCCAAAACCGGAAUGUGAUAAAUUGAAUUUACAACUCAA